GAAGCGGGAGGAGGAGGCGAAGCCAGAGCUGGAGGCUGAAGGACCCGAAGGCCGGGAGGGAGGCUGGCAGAGCUCGGUGGCCCUUAGCCCGCCCCGCUGUGCCCCUCGGGCCAAGUGCAGGUGCAGUAAUGCUACCUCCAGGGGGUUCUCCUUGGACCUGGACGCUGGUAUUCCUGAUGUCAGUUCUGAUCAUGGGAGAUCCAGGUCUGACAGGGCAGAAGAAUGGGGCCCACUUGGAGAACCAGGCCUGCCAGGAGGCUGGGAGCCACCAGCAAGCUGGGAGCAAUCGGCAGGUGGUGAACCGCCAGGAGGGUGAUGCCGAUCGGGAUUCUGAGAGUCGCAUCUUGAACGGCAGAGACUGUGAACCCCAAAGCCAACCCUGGCAGGCAGCUUUGUUUUUGAAACCAAAUAGACUCUUUUGUGGGGCAGUGUUGAUCCAUCCCCAGUGGGUGCUCACGGCUGCACAUUGCCAGAAACCUUCCUAUAUUGUUGCCCUGGGCCGGCAUCGUCUCCAUGGUUAUGGUGUAAGCCAGAGGAAUCUCCGUGGCGUCCAGUCUUUCCCCCACCCCAACUAUACCCGGCCAGCUCACUCUAAUGAUCUCAUGCUAAUUAAAUUGAACAAAAAAGUCUCAGAAACAAAAAGCAUCAAAGCCAUUAACAUCUCAACUCAGGCCCCAACUACUGGGUCCAAAUGUCUCGUCUCAGGCUGGGGGACCACCAACAGCCCUCAAGUUCAGUAUCCUGAGACCCUACAGUGUCUGGAUGUCAUGAUCCUGUCUCAGGAGACCUGCCAGAAAGCCUAUCCUGGGGAGAUCAAAUCUAGCAUGUUUUGUGCUGGAGAUGAAGCUGGCAAGGAUUCCUGUCAGGGUGACUCAGGGGGCCCUGUGGUCUGCAAUGGAAUGCUUCAGGGCCUGGUAUCCUGGGGGGAUGUUCCAUGUGGAAAGCCCAACAAGCCUGGAGUCUAUACCAACCUCUACAUGUUCAACAAUUGGAUCAAAGACACCAUCAAAAACAAUUGAUUUAAGGGGACACUGGCCUGUAGAUCCCUAGUCUGUAUCUUGUUCAGAGAUCCAGGAGCUCAGGCCCCUCGGUUCCCCAUUCUCUCAGGGAUGUGGGCACCCCCACUUCUAUAAAGCUCAGGGACAUCCAUUAUCUAGACCCUCAAUUUUUGUCUCUGGAGGACCCAAGGAUUUGGCUCCUACAGGGGCCCAGACCUUGUACAUUCUUCCCUAACUUUCCUUCAGAGAGUGAAAAUUCCCCUUUGUCUCUUGUGUGAAGACACCUAGAAGGAAUCUGUCUGAGAUCUCCAUCCCUCUUCCUCUCUGAGCCUUCUUAUCUAACAUUCUCCCCCUGCACGUCCCCCAGCCCAUCAUUCCCUUUGUCCCUCCUCGAGCCCUCCAGUGUAAGCUUGGUCUCCAUUAAUCUCUCUGCUUGCAGUGGAUUUGGAAUCAAGGAAACCUGGGUUCAAACUCCAAGUCACGAACAUCUUUGUGCCUCAGUUUCCUCUUCUGUAAAGUAAGGCUAACGACAGGAGCUGCAUCACAGAAUUGUCAAAUUCAAAUGAGAUCAUGUGCAUAAACCAUUUUACAAAUUCCAAAAUAUUACAUGAGUCUGAGCUAUUUAUAUUAUUCAUAGGAAAAGUCUGUAGACUCUCCCUAGAGGGGUUGAUGAAAAAGUAACUUUGGUUUAGUGGGAAGAGUCAGAGAAGGUUUUUUAUUUAAUCUCACUUCCACCACUUAAUACCAGUGUGAUCUUGGUCUCAUCCCCUCCUUGACACCCUAGUUUCCUCUUCUAAUAAAUUCAUGGAUUGGGCUUGAUGGCCUCUGAGAUGUCUUCCAGAUCCUUCCUUACAAAACUAAAAUUCUUCUGGAUGAGAAAACUACAAUACUAAUGUCGUUCUGAAUGAGGAAAGUCUCUGACCACCUGGAUCAUUGCUCGGGCAUGUUCUACCUCUUCCCUUGUCAUCAUGAAUCUCUGCCUCAGCCAAAGAAGGAGGGAAGAGUAUUUCUUGGCAGGGAUACCCUAGGAAAGGGGAUGAGAACAGACUUUUCAUACUAGGAAGAAUUUGGGAACCAAUGGUUUGUCCCUAAGGUUGAUAAGGUUUCCUCUCAUCUAGGAAUGAAGAGGAUUUAUCCUAGGAUAAUUGAAGUUUUCCCCUGGGGGAUCUGGGAAGACCAAUUGAGAUUUGUCCUGGAGACAAUAUAUAUUUCAUCUGGGGGCUCUACGAUCCAUGAAUGGACCAACCACUAGCAACCAAUAAGACUUCCUCUUGUUGCACUUGAGAUGGACAAAGGUUCCUCUUGGUAUUUACGGCUUCCUUCAGGGACCCAAGAGAGUUCUUCCUUCCAGCUGGCAUGGGUGGGGACCUGUCCUCACUCUCCCUCGGAACAAAGGGGAACUACUGAGGAAAUCCAUCUGGUAUAGAUGGGUCUGCUUCUCAGGACCAAUAAGCGCUCAUUCUGGAACAAUAAUUCCUCUUUGGGCAGAGUUUUCCAUCUGCCUAGUGUAGAUUGUAUUGAAACAUAUGAAGCUUUACUGAAGGAAGGAGUCAUAAGUUAUUAUAGUCCUUCUUGUGUUCUUCUAAGACCAGUGAAAGCUUAUCUAUAACAACAAAAUUUAACUUUCCAAUUCAAUAAACAUUUCCUUUUUAAUGACUUUUAUUGCCAUAUUUUGUUUUAUACAUCACCUAAAUUUCCUCUUUAUACCUUUUGACUAUUCUUUAAUUCUAGUGC